CUUUAACAUAUCUAAAUCUGCCUUUGAAGUUCGUGCGACCCAUAACGCCUUCAUUCUAUUGAACUAUCAUUCUUGCACUCUUGUCUUCACGAAAUGAGUAGAGAUGGAGCCGAGAGUCAUCGUUGUCCUGGGGGCCACCGGGAGUCAGGGCAGCGGAGUCGUCACGGCUCUGUUGAAAGACACGUCCAAGGAACGAUGGUCGGUUCGCGCUGUCACUCGGGAUCCCGUCUCUACGAGAGCCCAGAAACUUCUUGCUGAGCAACAGACUCCGGAUGGACGGCUCAGCAUCGUUUACGGUGAUCCGUAUGAUCCGGAAAACCUACGAAAGAACUUUAGCGGGGCUUAUGGAGUGUUCGCCGUGGUAAGCGAGAUCAUACUCGGUAAGGUGCUCAUGAACGAAGAAGAGAUAGCGCAUGAGCUAGAGGCAGGCCGAAAUAUUGUCGAUGCUGCGAAAUACAGCUUUGUGGAGCAUUUUGUGUUUAGCAGCCUGCCUGACAUGGCCAAAGUGACUUCGGGCCGUUAUACACGAAUACAUCACAUGAACAACAAGUUUAUGACCGAGCAGUAUGCGAGAAAGCAGCUUGAUAGUGUCACCUGCCUCAUUCCAGCCGAUGGCGUCGUUCGCUUUUGUGCGCCCAUCCCGGGUUCUCAAACUGCGGAAUGGGUUGACUCGAGUUACGAUGUUGGAAGAUUCGCCGCCAGAGUCUUUUCUCUGGGCAAAGAAAAGACCAAGGGGAGGAAUUAUCCAGUCUUAAGUCCCAAGAUAAGCAUGGAUGAGAUGGCGUCAACGUUUACAUCGAUCACUGGACAGCCGGCAAUUCAUUCUCCGCUGUCGUUGGAUGUAUGGACGGACAUGACAGUUGGGAUGCUUGGCCCGGCCUUUCGAGAUGACGUAAAGCAAAUGAUGGAAUGGGUUGCCAUGGCUCCUAAAGAGAAGAUCUGUUAUGGUGCUCUCGACCCCGAUGACGACCGGUCUAUGGAGGAAUUAGGAGUCGCAGCGAGUACUUUUGCAGACUGGCUGAGGCGGACGGGCUGGACUGGUCCUACAAUCGGCUCACCAUGA